GCACGGAGGAAAACAGCACCACGCGCCUCAGCAACAGUAACGUAGUGUGGCGCGCGCGGGCACGGCCACGGAAGCGCGCGCGCACCUCAACGCCAGCUGUCCUCUGUGGGGGGACCCUUCCAGCCCCUCCCCAAAAGACAUGUCCGCAACCGCAUAAACCAGACAAUUCUGAGCGCUUUAUCCUUCAGCCGACGACACGGAUCGAUUCAUAAGUUCGAUAUAUUUUGCAGCACGGCUCCGGCAUCACCUUUUUUUUCACACAGCGACGACCCAUCGACCACCAGCAGCGCAGCAACGCCCAUAGCAACGGCACUGCGCAUCCUCAAUCUGUUUCUCUGACCCAGCAACACCGGCCGCCCUCCACCAACAACCACAACCUGUUUUCCGACGACCUUCUGAACGCCGGGAUCCUCACCGCACCGUCGUGUUUUUCUUUUUACCGCGAAGGACCAUGAACGCGCCGCGUGCGGUUAUUGUCUCAUCACCAGUCAAAGUAGUCUCUUGUCAUUUCGAGAGCCCUUCCUCCAGCUGAAACACUAAGGGAUCCCCCUCCCUUCAACUCACCUUUAAGUUCUGGCCUAUCAAGGACCUGGCAGCGGCACGGGAGCUCCGCCCACCACACCCUCUAAAUGAGGGACAAGGCCACCCAGACCCCUAGGGCCUGGGUAGAUGAGCGGAGGAGAGGCUCUCAUAAGCGCUCGGCUUCCUGCGGCAGCACUGACCAGCUGAAAGAAAUUGCAAAAUUGCGACAACAACUCCAGCGGAGCAAACGCAGCAGCCGCCACCGUCGGGACAAAGACCGCAAAUCCCCCUUUAAUGGCAACCAUGCCAUCAUCCAGUCACAGUCUCAGAUGCCUAAAACCAUCCUGAUUCCCAUCCCCAUCUCUAAGUCCACACCUCCCAGAUUUCGGAACAGCAUAGAGGGGCUCAACCAGGAGAUUGAACGCAUCAUCAUACGGGAUACCGUGGAGAGAGAUGAGAUCAUAGUACCACAGGAUGUUCCCGACGGGCACCGCGCGCCCCCACCCCUCCCCCAGCGCAGCAGCAGCACACGCAGUAUUGACACGCAGACGCCCUCCAACGGCGGCCUGGGCAGUAACCGUAGCAACAGCAGCAGCCGGGCCGACUCUGUGUCGCCCUCGUACCUCAGCAUCCUCAACGACACCGUCGGAAACAGCCCGCUCGACGACACGCUCAACGAGAGCAAAGAAAGAGACUUAGGACCUUGGUCUCCUCUGCCCAAAUACGCUUCAUCUCCAAAGCCCAACAACAGCUAUAUGUUCAAACGUGAGCCUCCGGAGGGCUGCGAGAGAGUUAAAGCUUUUGAAGAAAAUCAGCCAAGGCCUCUCCAAGAGAUUCCUCCUUAUCUCUGCCCCGACAGAAACAAGGUGAACUUCAUUCCCAAAAGCGGCUCUGCUUUCUGCUUGGUGAGCAUCUUGAAGCCUCUGCUGCCCACCCAGGAGCUGAACUUCCGUAGCGGGGUGGGAUACCGCAGCAUCUCCCCCUCCCUGGUGCCUCUGGGUGGGGUCGCGGUGAGGAGCCUGUCCCCCUCCAUGGGUCCAGUCUUGUCCCGUGGACGUCAGUCCCCAUGCCUUCCACGACAUCUUGAGGAGCCAGAAGGUUAAAACAGUACAGAGGAAUCUCAGCUGAUGAACAGAGAUGUCAUUUUUCCCACACUCCUGUAUCGUCUGAUAGAGUCAGAGCUUUGUUAGGAAUUCAUUCAAGAACCGGUUCUGAACAACUCAGAGAGAUAUCAGCCUGAAACUUGAACAUGAGGGGCUUUUUUCGUUGUUGUCGUUGUUAUCUGAGGGUAAUGUUAAAGGAGGAUUUCAAGACGGUGUAUGUAUAUAGAUGAAACAUUUUUAGUAUUGCACUGCUUUUUACUUUCUGAACUAUUUAUUGCAUUUUACCAUGAAGCCUUUGAAUUCUCUUAUGUAUAGCUGCAUCCUUUAACCUACACAAAAGUUUGGAAUAAUUAAGAUUUUGGUUGAUUUUUGAAAGACGUCUCUUAAGCAUUUAUUCAACUGGAAUAAUUCAAAAACGGUUUAAAUUGUUUUCUAAAUGUAAUUUACUCCCGUGAAGGCAAAGCUGAAUUUUCAUCGCCAUUACUCCAGUCUUCAGUAUCACAUGAUUGUUCAGAAAUCCUUCUAAUGCGUUGAUUUGGUGCUCAAGAAAGCAUUUCUUAAAUCACUGUUGACAAGUGUAAUAAAUGAAUACUUUAAUUCAGCUAGGAUGCUGAAUUAAAGGCAUUUUUAUUUUUUUUUAAUACAUAUAAAAUGUUCAUGUUUCAAAUACACGAGUUUUCUAUCAUCGAAUGCUAAAAAAACAUCAAUCAUGAUUUUAAGCAGCAAUAGUCACAAUAUUAAGCAGCAAGUUUUCAUCAUUCUUAUUAAAAGUCUGAAGGAUCACGUGACACUGAAGACUGGAGUAAUGGCUACCAAAAAUUUAAUUUUGCCAGUUUUAAAACAGCCCUAUAUUAAUGCAGAAAACUGUUCUUAUAAACAUAAAUGACAGUUGCUACUGAGUAUAAGAGAUUUAUUUUAAAAACAUUUAAAAAGCAACAAUUUUUCCAAACUUUUGACUUGUAGUGUAACUGUAAGUGAUUUGAUUUACUAGGGAAAUGGAGGUUUUAGCUGUCAGUUUUGCUUGCUCAUAGUUUACAUGCAGUUUGAAUAGUGCUGGAAGAACAACCAGAAAUGUUGUAGCAGAUUUGAGGAGGACUAACAAAUGUGCCUGACUCCCACCACUCGUUCAUAGGACCCCCUUUGCAUACCGCCUUUUUUCUAUCAUCGUCCGUCCCUACAUCCAGUCUCGCCACUUAAAUGUAUAGAGCCCUUCCCCAUAUACGUAACCUGUAUGUGCUUAAUGUGAUAUGCUGGUCAGAGGAAGUUUUGAUGGUACGGCCUGGACACACGUUACGAGGAAACGGAUCAGAUGUUCGGACAGUAUUAUGAUUAUGAUGCACUUAUCAGUUCUGUUGCUAAAUUUCGGUAGAGUGAAGGAAAAUAGACCUUUCAGAGCACACUGGAUACGAAAAACUUGUCAUGUUUAACAAGAGAAAGGGGAUGCAAAUCAUUUCAAAGAAGGAGGCAUGGCUUUAGCUAAUAGUGAACUGAUUUGAACUGUAGCAUCUUUAUACUGUGAAAUUUACCACUAAUCACACCGUAAAAGCUUCCUUUCGUCCAAAUAGAAAAAAAUAAAUAGAAAGAAUAUGGGCAAUCCUGAACAAAUUGUAUGUAAUUGCCUUAAUGCUGAAUUGAAACAGAGAAGUGUGUAAAUUAGACUGGUGCCUGUUAUUGAGUUUAAGAUUUUUUUUUCUUUAUGUGAAUACCUUUCAAGGUGGGUGUAACUCUGGUUUCCUGACAGGAUAAAAUUGGAUUUUAUAUUGACAAAUGAUGAGAGAAAUAACAAUCAGAAACGGAAUUCUACUCGGAUUUAUUUGCUCUCAAACGCAAGAUCUCUCGAUCCACGUUCCUUCGAUCAAAUUGUACAUUAUUUAACCGAAACAAAGGCAAAAGUUGCAUAAAAUAAACCGAUGAAAGCAGCUGCGAA